CGCAGUAGGCCCGCGGCCUCGGGCCCCCUCCCCUUCCCCCUGCUCUCCCGGGGGGGCCCACACCCUGCCGACCCCAGCCCCGGGGGCGCGGGCUGCCCCCGUCCCCAUGGACGCCGCCCGCCGUCGGGCAGUCGGCUGCCCGCGGGCCCUGGCCUGGGGGCCAAUUUUCCUGAGCAUCUGCGGGCUCCUGGCCCGCGCUCAGCCCCGACAGGUGCCCCCCGACCCCGCGGAGAGCCGGCACCCGUGCCAGGGGAAUGACACCCACUACUACAGGACCAGCCGCGGGGCCUGCUGCUCCCGCUGCCCUCCAGGCAGUUUCAUCUCAUCCCCCUGCACCGGGGAUCAGGACACCUUCUGCUCCCUGUGUCCGGCCAACUCUUAUAACCAGUACUGGAACCACCUCCAUUACUGCCAGCUCUGCCGCUCUUGCGACGAGGUGCUGGGCUUCGAACAGACCAGUCCCUGUCGGGCGGAUCGACAGACCGAAUGCCGGUGCCGCCAGGGCACGUACUGCCCAAGGGGCUACGCCGACUGCGACCACUGCGUUGCGCUCCCCUCCUGCCCCCCGGGCACCGAGGCCACUUUCCAAGCAGAAGCCGAAAACUCUGUCCCCAAGUGCGUGCCCUGCACAAAUGGCACCUUCCAGAACACGUCCUUACCCGCAGCCCGCUGCCAGCCCCACACAGACUGCCAGAAGCAAGGUCUGAGGACGGAGGCUCCUGGCACGGCUGAGGCCGACGCUCGGUGCCAGGUGCCAGCCAGCCCCCCGCCGGGCAGCCCCGCACUUCCCACGGGCAGCCCCGAUGUGCCCACUGUGAUGUCAGGGCCUGUGAUGCUGUCAGUCAUCCUUCUGCCCGUGGUUUCCGUGGGACUUCUCGUACUGACUCUGCUCUGUGCCCUGAAGAGGCAUCCGUCUCUCUGCAGGAAGCUGGGCUUCCUGCUGAAGACGAGCCCAGAGACCCCGGACAUCGGACCACGUGCCAGCCUCGUCCCUCCAGACCUGGUGGAGCCGCUGCUGAGAGCCCAAGCUGGACCUGUGGCCCUCGCGCCCGUGCCCGCACCGGUCCCCGUGCCCGCGCCCGAGGAGGAGCUGCUGCAGCAAAGGCAGAAUCCCCAGGGCCAGGCCAGAGAGCUGGGGGCUGAAGCUGCAGACAGGGACAAGGAAUUGCAUCCAGGCACCAGUGGUUUCCACGUCACCGGAGGCUCUGUCACAGUCACCGGCAACAUCUACAUCUACAACCUGCCUCCGGGGGGUGGGGGGCGCAGCCCUGGAGACCCCCCAGCCUCACCUGAGCCCCCCUACCCCAUCCCCGAGGAGGGGGCCCCGGGUUUUCCCAGCCCCUUCGGGCCACCCGGCCUCAUCCUGCCCCAUCAGGAGGACGGCAAAGCCUGGCACGCACCGGAGGCAGAGACCCCUGGACAACACGCCCCCUGACCAGACUGCUCCCGGCAUCAGGCACCUGGCACCUUCUCCCCCUCCCCCAUGCAGGAUUUGAGGGGCACGAGCCAGCGGGACCAGUGUAUGAAGUCCUCCCAGCCCCAGAAGGAGGCAGUACCAGCCGGGCUUCGGCUGGGUGGGGAAGAUGCCCGCCCAAGGACCCUGCCAGCCCUGGGAGCCGGGCACCAGUAACUCAGAAACUGAGGCUGCCCGUGGGCACAGGGCCCGGGCACCUACCUGUCAAGCUCGGCAUCCUAAGGACUCGC